AUGGAGAGGUGCCAGAAAUUCAUUUUAAUUCCUCUCAUCUUAACCACCUCACUACCAGGUCUUGGCUUUUGUUACUCUAUUAUAAAUGGCCCUGCUAAUGCAACGGUCCUUGCUGGUUCAGAAGCCCACUUUAAUUGCACUGUGUCGGUAGGAUGGGUAAUUCUCAUUUGGCUGUCCAAUGGAAAUCCUGUCCUCACUGUCAUCAGUUCUCAAGGGCCUUUUGAAACACCAGGCCGCUUCACCUCUCAAAAUUAUACCAGUGGCAAUGCGUUUACCUCAGAGCUGAUCAUCCACAACACACAGCUGAGUGACUCUGGGAAAAUUGAAUGCAGCAUCCAGCAACCUGGUAACAGCAGUUUUGCAUUUCUUUCUGUUCAAGUUAAUGGAUCUUUAUUCAUCAAAAAUAGCACCUUAACAGUAAAAGACAACAAAACAGUUGAAAUUGUUUGUGAAGCCUUAGGAUGGGCUCCAGCUCCAGACAUUACCUGGAUGACAAAUGACUCUUUCAUUGAUAAGUCGAGGUAUGUUACCCAGGAAAGUCAAGGAUCUAAUGGCCUCCGCAAUGCCCUGAGCAUCCUAACUUUGACUCCGAUGGACACUGAGAUUUUGACUUGUUUAGCUGACAUAGAUGCACUCCCUAACCCUCAGAAUGCAACUGUAACUGUUAUUUUUGUCAACUCUGCUAUAGAAAAUGAUUACAGUGAAGACAGCAGAAGCACGUGGGUUAUUGUAGUUGCGGUUGUGCUUUCAUUUGUUGGUAUUAUUCUUCUGAUCAUUAUUAUUGUGGUUGCUGUACGCUGCUGCUGCCUAAAGAAGAAAAGAUCUACGUAUCAAAAUGAAAUAAGGUAA